AUGAGCAUCGAUUGCGGUAUAAAUGAGCAAACAGACGUUGUAGAUGUUGGAUUGAAUACUCAAGAGAAUGUACAAGAGCAUGCUGAUGUUGAUGUUGUACGAGGAGACCUUGCAGAUCCAGAAUUGUCGUCAUCAUCGUCCGAUGAUAUUUUAAGUGAUGAUUCCGGUGCUGACUCUAGUGAUGAGGAGGUUGUGUAUAAACCCGUCGUACAAGGUGAACAACCACUUCCAGAAUAUGUUCACACUGGGUUGAAAUAUUUUCGCAAACUGCCAAGUGGUCCUACUGAGUUGCUAAAAAAUGCGGAGUUUAGUGCCGCCGCCGUAAGAAAUUUUGUUCAUGACAAAUAUCAUGUGGUAGUCAGUUAUAAGAAGGCAUGGUAUGCACGGAGAAGGGCUUUAGAGAUUGUAUUUGGUGGAUGGGAGGAGUCAUUUAGGGAUUUGCCAAGCUACAUGCUUGAACUGCAGUAUAGGAAUCCAGGCACCAUUGUUGAGUGGAGGCAUAACGAGUUGUUGAGCCAGGGUCGUACUAAAGUCUUCUAUUAUGUGUUCUGGGCACUUGGGCCUGCUAUACAUGCUUUCCAGGAGUGCCAACCAGUUUUGACAAUAGACGGAACUCACCUACGAGGAAGAUUCAAAGAAACUGGCGACAGCUGGGAGUGGUUUUUGGAUCAUGUUCGAAUUCACGUGGUGAAGUACGAAAGGGAGGUAUGCAUCAUUUCGGAUAGGCACAAAGGAAUCCUCAAGGCUAUGCGUUCAGAUGAAUGGAAAAAGCCGCCGAUGUGUCACCACAAAUUUUGUUUGAUCCAUGUGAGGAAAAAUAUCUUGUCUAAACUUAAGGGUAAGGGAGGUAAAGCGAAAGGCAAGAUAUGGGCAUUGGGUGUCACAACUCAAGUACGCAAGUACGUGAGAAGGCGACGUGCACUACGGGAGGAAAGUCUUGUUGCGAUACACGAGCUCAACAAGGCCAAAAAAGAGAACUGGUCUCUUUGCUACGAUGAUGAACUGAGAUGGGGGGUGCCAUCAACAAACAUGUCAGAGAGCUACAACAACGUACUGAGAGGUGUGAGAGAGUUGCCAAUUAGAGCUUUGGUUGAUCUGACAUUUUGGCGAACAGUAGAAUGGUGGGCAGAUAGAAAGACAGAAAUACAACAAACCGAAGGUCGGUUGACCCCCUGGGCGAGGGACAAACUUGUUGCGAAUGAUGCGAAGGGGCAAAUGCAUUACUGUUCAGUAGUCGCCCGAGAAUUAGGUCAUUACCAAGUUCGAAGUCGUCCACGUGUUGAAAAUGGAAAGGCAAAGGGCGAUAACAGACAAGACGUCGAGUUUAUGGAUUCAAAGUGCAGUUGUGGAAAGUGGCAGAUGUGGAGAGUUCCUUGUUCCCAUGCGUGCACCGUUGCCAGAGAUCGAGGUAACUCUAUGUUUGAACUCAUUGAUAAACACAACCACAAAGCUACGUGGGAAGCACAGUACUAUGGUGUCUCAUUUCAAGCACCAAGACACGAAGACUAUUGGGCAAAUCCUGGAUGGAAAUUACGUAUCACACCAGAGCAGUUGCUUCCUCGAAAGCGUGGACGAGGCAGAACAAGGAGGAUUCCUAAUCAAAUGGAUGUCCGCGAGGAAGAUGAACCGAGAGCUCCCCGCAAGUGCAGGAAUUGCGGCGUAGAGGGUCAUGACCGUAGAAAUUGCACAGUUGGUCGUGUUAUGUAG